CACAAGCAGGAUCUGUCUCUGUUUGCAUUAUCUGCCGCUGCAGCACUUGUCCAGACAUCAUCGUUUAGAGGGCUUUUUCGUGGCUCUCUUUUUCUACUCAACUACAACAACUGCCAGACAAGGAGUUAAAAGGAAUUAUACAGCCACUAAAGCUUGGCUUUUUAUUCUGUUUCUCUUCUGUUUCCUCCUUCCUGUCCUUUGUUUUCGACCAGCAGAAUCCCCAACAGCACAGACGAAGCAGAUCAUCAGCACAGCAGCUGCCGAAGACAUCGUGGGAAUAACAUAAAAACACAGUGCAACUUUAAUGUGAGAUACCACGACUAGUCCUCUGUGGAUCCGCAGUGUGUGAGUGAGUGUGUGUGCAUCCCUGCCAGAUAGGGCCUCCACCACAUUGUGUGUGCGUGCGUGAGGAGGCUAAUGCCCACGGUAGUGUGGUCAGGGCCAGAGGAGGAUGGGUCCGGCUGUGGAGGCUCAGGCGCAGAAGGCCAUGGAUGCAGAGCAAAAGCAAAAGCACCAGCUGCAGCACCAGCAGUGCUACAUGGAGAAAGGGGUGAUGCUUGAGCCCUUUGUACACCAGGUGGGUGGACAUUGCUGCGUCCUGCGCUUCGGGGAGCAGACCAUCUGCAAGCCCCUCAUCCCCCGCGAACAUCAGUUCUACAAGAGCCUGCCUGCCGCAAUGAGGAAGUUUACCCCCCAGUAUAGAGGUGUGGUGUCAGUUAGCUUCGAGGAGGAUGAAGAAGGGAACCUUUGCCUCAUCGCUUACCCCCUCCAGAGUGACCCAGCAGCAGAUCUGGAGAACAAGGACCCCUUGGCCGACUGCGAGCCCAAAAGCGAGAUGGUCAAGUGGGGGAAAACGAUGUCAUCCUCACUACUUGUGGACAGCGACAAUUACAGCAAAGACAGCCGAAGCCGCCACUCCAGUAAAGACAAGGACAAGAGUGUUCACAAGCUGCAGGAGGAUGUGGAGCUGGAGUGGCUGCGACAGACUGAGGUGCUCUACUACAGACUGGAGCGCAGUCACAGUAACGCUGUGCCGCAGCUCAAACACAACCCGUGGAGCCUCAAGUGUCAGCAGCAGCACCUGCAGAAGAUGAAGGAGAACGCCAAGCACCGCAACCAGUACAAAUUCAUCCUGCUGGAGAACCUGACGUGGCGACACAUGAUGCCGUGUGUGUUGGACCUGAAGAUGGGCACACAGCAGCAUGGAGACGAUGCCUCGGAGGAGAAGAAGGCCGUGAAGAUCCGCAAGUGUCAGCAGAGCACAGCAUCCUCGAUAGGAGUUUGCCUCUCUGGCAUGCAGGUGUAUCGAUCUGACACGGGCCAGUUGAUGUUCAUGAGCAAGUUCCAUGGCCGCAGGUUGACCCUGCCGGACUUCAAGGAGGCUUUGUUCCAGUUCUUCCACAGCGGACACCGACUCCGACGUGAACUCCUCUCCCCAGUGCUGCGCAGGCUCAGAGACAUGCAAGCUGCCCUGGAAGACUGUGAAUCCUACCGCUUCUACUCCAGCUCCCUGCUCAUCAUCUACGACGGAGCGCCCCACCGAAAACACACACGCCAACACACUGAGGACGGCCUCUCUGAAGAAGAUGAGGAUGAGGACGAGGAGGCGGAGGCUGAACCAGAAAUGGAGGAGGAGGAAGAGGAGGAGGAGGUUGGUGAAGUAGCAGGUGCACUUGGUUUUCCACACAGCCCUUCCACGUCUAGCGAUGGCAGCUGCAGUGGCGGGAGCUCAGGUGUCAGCCAGGCUUGUUUGUCCCGCUCAGACCCCCGCAGCCCCGUAGUGGAUGUGAGGAUGAUUGAUUUCGCCCACACCACCUGCAGACAUUACCAGGGGGACAGCGUGGUGUAUGAGGGCCUGGACAGCGGCUACCUCUUUGGUCUCCAGAACCUGAUCACCAUCAUCUCCGAGCUGGAGAACCACAGCACAGACUGAAGACUGACGUUUUGACCUUUGGAAGAAAAGAGGACUGGACUACAGACGGGGAGAGAGAUUUCACCUCUCCUCUUUAAAGUUAGACCUUGUUGUAGCUGGCCUUUCAUCGGACUCCGUCCCUGUUUCUGCCAUUGGUGCUUCUUGAUGUUCCUGUUGUGUGUUUCCGUCGUCAGGAUAUGAAACAGAACUUCACGUAACAUAAAAGAGCCAUCUCUUUGACUGAUGGAGCGACUUACCCAUUGUCAUCGUUCUGUUUAACCCAGUUCACCGUUAGGACAAAAAGGGUAGGCAAAUAAAAGCAAUUUGAAGUCGUGGGACAGUAGAAAUGUUUUCCUUGUGUCCUUGAUUCCAAAGAAAGUAUCAGCAUUUUGCACGCACAAACAUGCACUGAAACACAUUCUGUUAAACAAGUGUGUGUUUACACUGAGACAGGGCUAUGUGAGAGAGCAGGAGUUGUAUGUGUACGAGUACAGAGUCGAUUUGAGGAGAGGGAAGGGGCUCCCACCGUCUGCCUGUUCAUUCUGCCAUCCUUCUUUCCUCGUUCAUCUUCACUCAAAGAGACUAUAUUCACAAGGCCAUCAGAGACAGAUGAUAUAGAGUUAUUUCUUUAUUUGACAUGUUUCGUAAAAUAAACUAAAAGUUCAAAAAAGAAUGUGAAUGGAGAGUACUACAUUCCAUGUUAUUAAUGUUAUAAUAAUGAUAUGAAUUAAUAUUGUUAUUUGACAUGUUUGGAUACCUCUAUCUUGUACGUAUGUGUUGUCCACAGUUUGU